AUGAAACAUGAUGUAGAUAUCCAAUCAUCUACUAUUCCUGAAAUAGAUAUUGUGGCUCUUGUACCUACACAUACACAGACAGAUAUUCCUGAAAAUCAACAUGCUCUACAAAGAAAAUCUGUUAAGCGUAAACGUGAAACAAGACCAGGUGUCAUUACAACGUCAUUAAAAGAGAAAAAUUUGGAAGAAACAGAAUCUAAUACUAAACCCAAAUAUUUAAAAGUACCUGAUCAAGUAUUCAAAAAUAUUCUAUCAAAAUCAUUGGCAGAUGGGAAGUCUAUUGUUGAAACAUUAGAUACACCAGAAAAAUUAGAAUUCGUCCGUAUAUAUGCUCAUUUGCUCAAUAACGUAUUUUAUUUGAAAUUAGAACGCGAUUUUUGGGAACAUUAUCAAACAGUAUGCGUUUCUGAAGGCAUUUGGUCUUCACCACUGCAGAAAGAUAUUGCUAAAGAAAAUAAUCUAUGUCGAUUCAAAUUUAAAACGAAGAUUCAACUUGAAAAACACUCAAAAUUGAUUGACAUUCGACUAAAAGAAGUGGAAAACAAGUUAAAUAGCCACCUUCAACAGCUCAUUCAAAAUUCAUUUGAUAUGAAUCAAUUAUCAAGCUUGAUUACUGCUUUUGUACGUCAAGGUCAACAUAAAUUAUCGGCCGAAUAUAAACAAAAGACAUUGAUAUUACAAUGUGAUGCAAUUGAUCAUCGAUUAAUUACAACUUUUUACAAUUUAAAUCCAACUGAAAAUCAGGCUACAAAAGAUAAGUUACAAGCUGAAGAACAAGUAGCCAUUCUCAAACAACGUAUCUAUACCAAACGAUUACCUGCAUCAUUUUCUAUUCUUGAUCAUUCAAUUGAUAAUAUAGAGAAUAUGUUAAAACAACCAGCGCUCAAUAAAGAUAAAUGUGCUACAUUAUCAUUUCGUCGACUUAAAACAAUUGCUCAGUUCAAAUACGAUAUGAUGGUAUUGACUAUAGCAACAGCUGAAGAGACGGUUCGAACUCAUCUUAGCAUUAUUGCUAAUGAAAAGAAGAAAUUAAUUGAUACUAGCGGUGGACAAGUUCCUCUUCCGAAGCCACUCAUUCAACUGAUGAAUGCUAUUACUGCACGUCAAACUAAUAUGGUACAACGUUCUCAACAUAUUAUUCAACAAAAAUUAUCGAUUUUCGACGACGCUCCAGUGGCAGAAAAUAUGACUGGUGCCACCGGAGCGAUUUUUGAAAAGGGUCUUACAAAGAACUGUAUUUCAGCUUCUGAUCAACGCGCCAAAGAUUUCUUUACUGGUAUAGAUGAUCUUCUUCGUCGACUCCAUACCAAUACAUUAUCUCCUAAAUUACUGGCUCGAGCUCAAUAUGAACAUCGAAUUAUGAAGAGUACGCAACGUCAAAUCAAAAAAUCCAAUGUUAUUAUUCGUAUCACUGACAAAAGUAAAGUAUUUCAUUUAGGUAGUGUACAAGAUUAUCAUGAAAAAGCAUUACAAUACAUGCAAGACACCAAUGCCUAUAGAGAAAUAACAAGUAGUAUUAAUCCAUACCAACAGCAUGUUCAGACAGUUUUAGCAUUAAUAGAUCCAAUGUUAAAAAAAGGAGAGAUUAAUCGUGAAUUAUGGAAACAAUAUAUGCGACCAAAUUCAGUGACCACAGAAUUAGCUCAUCUAUACUUUGUACCUAAACCACACAAAAUUGGUACACCAUUGCGACCAAUUGUAUCCUCAAUAAAAGCAGCUACAACUGGAGUUUCACAUUUCUUAAAUAUUUUACUUCGACCACUAUUUAAUCGAGUGACGAAAGACACAACAUUUAUCAAUGGAAUCGACUUUGUUCGACAAUUGGAACGUUAUCGAAUGAAUGGUCAACUCUUGCCAAUGACAUUGUUUGUUACUUUUGAUGUAACUAAUCUCUAUACCAUGAUACCACGGGAUGGAGCUAUAUUUGCAUUACAGAAAUUUUUACGUCAGUAUGGAGAAAAUCGCCGAAUUCAUGGAAUGACUAUUGAUAUUAUAAUAAGACUUGCUCGUUUAGUUUUAGACACGAAUUGUUUCGUCUACGAAAAGAAAUAUUACCAACAAAUUCGUGGUGGAGCUAUGGGUUCACCAUUUACUAUGACAUUAGCAAAUAUUUACAUGUUGGAAUGGGAACAUUCAUUAAAUGAACAUCAAAAAAUGCAGAAUGAACUCUACGGCCGAAUGAGUACCCAACCUAGUCAAAUAGGUACUGCACCAACCGAAUCCAUCACUAUGGAAACUAAUAAUGAAGGUGAUUUCAAUCAAAUACUCACUGACGAAUUAGUGAUUCUAAGUCAAUCAUCAAUACAACUAAAUAUGACCAACAUGAUUCCUAGUCAAGUACCCAACAUUCCUAAUCCAACGACAACACAUCAGAAUCUGACAGAUGAUGAAUUUCGAGCUCGAAGACGGGAAGCUCGACGACGACGGCGCCAACGCCGCGCUGAACGACGACGCCAAGCUAGAGCAUCUCAACAACAGCAAAGAAAUCAACAACGACAAGAGCGACCAAGACUUGAAGGUGUAAAACGACAUAUACAUGAAAUUCAUGAUGAUAUUUUUAAAAAUACCAAUCAAGUAGAAAAACGUUUAAUUGUGGACCAUCGAAAUAAUCCCAAUAUUGAAUCUGAACUGACACGAAAACGUCCUCCUUCAUCGUUACUCAAACUGAAUCAAUGUCAUUUUCGAAAUGAACUGGAACGUCGAAAAAUAUUACUUAAAUUUGAUGCUAACGAUCAUCAAUUGGUCAAUGCUUUCUAUGAAUUAAAACCAAGAAAAACUGAAAUGCAUUCGGCUCAAGUGAUUUGGAAAGCGGUGCAUGAUGAACAACAACUUCACUAUGAGAUUGAAAUAUUUAGAAAACAUCUCACCGAACAGUCUCUCUUGACUUAUGACACCUUUCAAGAAUUACCAUUGCCAAAAAUCCAUUCGAUCUUGGUUCAACUUCUUUUUAAUCAACCAUGGUUAUCGACAAUCGCUCAGACAACAUCGAUUAGUACAUUUAUUCAUGAUUUAAGUUUACAAGCAAUAUCAAUGACUGAAAAGAUCGCAAUCAAUUUCAUGGAAAAAGUCAUCAUGGAAAAAGAAAAAUUAGUUCAUCGAGGAAAAAAAUUUAACAAACCACCAUGUAUAGAUGCAAUUCUUGCAGCGAUUGGAAAUCGUCAAACCAAUAUGGUCCGACGUGUACAAUAUUAUAUCGAACAACUUUCGUAA